CCGAGGAAGGAGCUCUGUGCUGAUGGCCGUGGGUGCGGGCAAAUCGCCUUCUGAAGAGUCCCUGAGCGGGCAGGCCGAGGGCGAUGGGCGGUGGGACGGCGCGGACACGGAGAUGGAGUUCCCGGAGCCGGUAGGGGGCCCGCACCGCCUUCUGGGGACAGAGGAGGCCGAGCCCGGCCUGCAAGGGGCAGAGGGUGUGCCAGUGAGCAGGCACGGUCACAAGGCCACCGAUGUCACCCACGGAGGCUCCAGCUGCCGCCCAGACGUGUCUUCAGCAUCUGCACCCGGAUUUCCCAGAGCGAGAGCAAACUCCUCCGGAAAAGGGGUGUUGGUGGAUAGAGCUGCUGAUGGUGGCCCUGUGCCUUGUCGAGUUGGCCACUGGUUCCUCUCCUCAGAAGAUCAGCAGGUGAAGGAUUCAGGCGGCUGGGGCCCGGUGUCCAGCCCAGCCAGCUCUGCCGAGGAGAGCGUCCCUGCUGGCAGCCGCCGUGGUGCCCACGUUGGCCGUCGGAGGCAAAGUCUGGGAGCUCCGUCCCCGUGUCCUUCCACGGCGGAGCUCCUGCGGCCCCAAACCCCGCCCAGCCCCGAGAGCGCCCUGCGGAGCCGCUCCGUGCUGAGCCUCUCUGCCCUGUCCUCAGAGGGGAGAGGCCCGUCCGAGGAGCCGUGCGGCAGCGUGCCAGCCAGCACGGCUGUCCCCUCUGCGGCCAGCACGGCUGUCCCCUCUGCGGCCAGCACGGCUGUCCCCUCUGCGGCCAGCACGGAUGUCCCCUCUGCGGCCAGCACGGAUGUCCCCUCUGCGGCCAGCACGGCUGCCCGGGACCUGCGCUGCCCAUGGCGGGUGGAAGGCCGGGCCCUGCAGAGGCGGGAGCCCCCCGGCGCUCUGCUCGAUUACCGCGGCUCCGUGGGGCGCGUCCGGGAGAUCUCCUCCUACCAAGCCGAUUACUGGGCCUGUGCCAUUCCGGAUUCACUGCCCCCAUCUCCGGACCGCAGCUCACCCCACUGGAACCCCCACAAGGAGUACGAGGACUUGCUGGACUAUGCUUACCCACUGAAGCCGAGGUACAAGCUGGGAAGGAUACCGGAGCCUUUCCUCCAUGACUCGGGAAUAGGUCUGGACAGCUUUUCGGCUUCUCCUGAGGGCGUGUCCAGGUCCGCCAGCAUCUACGGCCGAGCUGGGCAGGCUCAGGGAAUCAGAGAAAACGGACUUUGGGAGUUUGUGGCCUCUGCAGAGAGAUUCUCCACCCCGAGGCCUGGAGAAAGAGCCUGCUCAGGAGCUGUCUCAUGCUUUGAGCCUUCACCUAUUGCCAAAGCAUCAUUUGGAAGGAGUUCUUCCUCUCACCUUUCCAGAGGUUUUGCUAAGGAUGUAAGGGUGGAAUCAUCUGGGCCAAGGUCCCCUGGGCGCCCUGCUGCCGAUGGGAGAAGCUGGGAUACCAGAGGAAGCCCAAACCACACAGGGCAGGUAAAAAGCACCAGGAGGUUUUUACCCACCACAGGAGUGCUCCCCCUGAGGAAGGAGUGGGAGACUGAUGAAGAAUUUCUUUCCCUGCCUCCAAGACUGAAGGAGCUGGAAAGGCUGGCUCAGUUUUUGUCCAAUCUUUCCUUAACUAUAAGGAUGCCUGGGCAUGACCACCACAACCUUCCACAUCAGAGCACCAGCAAGGAGCCCCUUUCAUCUAGGCUGGCUCCUUUUGAAGAAGAGAGAGGUGGGGAUGACAGAGGGAAUGCCGAGGGUUACACUGGGCUGUGGCGGCACCGCAGCUCCCGAAAGCCCAGCUGGGAAAACACAGAAUCGUGUGGCUGGAGCCACAGGGAUCCUCCCUGCGGGCUUCAUCUGCCAGCUGCUCUCAGGGACACACAGGAUGGGAUGUGCCUGGAUGAACCGCGGGUCAAGGGGCAUCCAAAGAAGAGCCAGCAGAGCGAGUCCCUUAUCCAGUGUGUUAAGAUGUUUUGCUGCCAGCUGGAAGAGCUGAUCCACUGGCUGUACACGGUGGUGGAUGUCACUGGCAGCUGGGUGCCACCCUCGCCGGAUGCCGACAGCGUGUUGGCAUCGCUGCACCGCUACCUGGAGUUCAGGAAGGAUGUGGCCGACCACCGGAGCCUGACUGAGAGCGUGCUGGAGAGGGGAGAGGCUCUCCUGGACUGCAUGGCAUCGAAUUCCCCAGCUCUGAAGGACACGCUGGCUCUGAUUGCCCAACAGUCGGAGGAGCUGGAGAGCCACGCAGAGCACCUGUACGAGUCCCUGCUGGCUGCUGUGGGCCCCGUGCGGGGCAGGGAGGCGGGGCAGGACAUGGGGCGGGCAGCACACGGCUGCUCCCUGGGUGCUGCCUCUGUCAGACCUAGGCUGCGUUAGCCAAUCUCAGGAGGGCUGAGAAGAAUUGCAGCAAGCACCAAACCACCUCCAUCACCUCUCCAGAGGUGCCAAAAUCUGUGUCCAGUUGCCCACGGGGCUGAUUGCAGCGUGGGUUUGUGCCAUGGCUUGAGAAAGGUGCUCCAUACAGCAGGUGUGCUGGGAUGUCCAGAGUUGUGUAAGGAAUGUACAGCUGGCCUUUUCUGGUUUGUUUUUUUUAAUAGCUUCCCUUUUUUAUUGAAGUGGGCUGUUCUGUGUUAGCAAAAUGUCAGGAAGUUUUUUAACUGAGCAAUCCAUAGUGUGCCGUGCGCUCGCUAAGUAAAGCCGUGUGAUUUUAA